UGUAUAGCGGCUGUACUUGCAGAAGGAGCCACAUUACAUGGCCGUUGUGUUGUUGUGACCGAAAUCUGUCUGAGCUCAUCCACAAACAAAGAGCCGAGGGCCGCAGAGAUGGGAGCUGUGCUGGGCCUGUGCUCCAUGGCGAGCUGGAUCCCUUGCCUGUGUGGCAGCGCCCCCUGCCUGCUGUGCAGAUGCUGUCCCAGUGGAAACAACUCCACUGUAACCCGGCUCAUCUAUGCCUUCUUCCUUCUGAUGGGAGUGGGAAUUGCCUGUAUUAUGUUAAUGCCUGGCAUGGAGGAUCAUCUCAAGAAGAUCCCAGGCUUUUGCGAGGGUGGGAUGGGCUCCUCUAUCCCAGGAGUGGAGGGACAUGUGAACUGUGACGUGCUGGUGGGAUACAAAGCUGUGUACCGUGUGUGCUUCGGCAUGGCCAUGUUUUUCCUCCUCUUCUCUCUCCUGAUGGUCCGUGUGAAGAGCAGCCAGGACCCGCGUGCCCCCAUUCAUAAUGGAUUUUGGUUUUUCAAGUUUGCUGCAGCUACUGCCAUAACUGUCGGAGCUUUUUUCAUUUCUGAAGGCCCUUUUACAACCGUGUGGUUCUAUGUGGGCAUGGCAGGAGCCUUCUGCUUCAUCCUCAUUCAGCUGGUGCUUUUGAUUGACUUUGCCCACUCGUGGAAUGAGUCAUGGGUGGAGAAGAUGGAGGAGGGGAAUUCUCGCUGCUGGUAUGCAGCCUUGCUUUCAGUGACUGCUGUGAACUACCUGCUGUCUCUGAUUGCUCUGGUCCUCUUCUACAUGUAUUACACCCAUACGGACGGCUGCACUGAGAACAAAGUGUUUAUCAGCAUCAACAUGCUUCUCUGUAUCGGAGCGUCUGUCCUGUCCAUUCUCCCUCAGAUUCAGGAGUCCCAGCCCCGCUCAGGCCUGCUGCAGUCCUCCCUGGUUACCCUGUACACAAUGUAUGUGACCUGGUCUGCAAUGACCAAUGAACCUGAUAGGAAGUGUAACCCCAGCCUUCUGGCGAUGAUUGGCCUAAAUAGCACCAGCCCUGCUGCUCAGGGUCAGGUGGUGCAGUGGUGGGAUGCUCAGGGAAUUGUGGGAUUGAUCCUGUUCCUUAUGUGUGUGCUCUACUCCAGCAUCCGUAACUCCUCCAAUGCUCAAGUAAACAAGCUGACACUCAGCACUGAUGAGUCAGCCCUGAUCGAGGACGGGCCCCAGAGUGGCAAUUUUGAGGAGUCCGGGAGCCUCAACAGAGCUGUGGACAACGAGAAGGAUGGAGUCACCUACUCUUACUCCUUCUUCCACUUCAUGCUCUUUCUGGCCUCGCUGUACAUUAUGAUGACUCUCACCAACUGGUACAGCCCUGACUCCACUUAUGAAACCAUGACCAGCCGGUGGCCAUCGGUGUGGGUGAAGAUGUGCUCCAGCUGGAUCUGCAUCGCCCUCUAUGUGUGGACCCUGGUUGCACCGCUCCUCCUCGUCAACAGAGACUUUGACUGAAAGAAAUCAUUCGCUCAUGCACAACAUUUCCACACAAAUUAUUAAAUAUGUCAUUUGCUGUAUUCCUUGGUCAGUUUUGAUGACAGUGUGUUCUUUGUGGUUCCUAAACAAGUCAAAUUAGGGAAGAAAAGAUGCAUGCUUAAAUAUAACCCGAACAGUGUGUAGUACAUGACUCUUGUGGUUGUAACUAGUAUUUAUAUUUCAUUGCUGUAUUGUGUUUAGCUCACAGCAUGCUCAGACCUCACAUUCUAACAACUUUAUCUGUUUUAUCUUUAAAAAAAAAAAUAACAUGCAUUGUGAAGUGUAUUGAUAUUCCGCUUAGUGACUAGAAUGUGUUUUGCAAAGUGGUUGCUUUUUACCUUGUAUUUUGACAUGUUUUACUGUAUUGCACAUGAUUAAUUAAAACUAACUGAAACGUGUA